GACGAGGGGGGAGACCGCCACGAGCAGCUGCAGCUGGACGACCCCGAGGCCGAGGAGGCAGAGUGGCCGCCGACGAGGAGGGGCGCCAGGCACUCCAGGCGCCCCGACGAGUACGCCGAGGUGGCCGUGGUGGAGUCGUCGCGCCCCUCGCUCCAAGCUGGCGACUUGUCCGUCCCGGCGGCCCAGACGUGGCCCUCGCCGGGCGCCGCGGCGCCUGCCGGCGGCGCGCCCCCGGCGACGGCAGGCGCCGGGCUGCUCCCGCCAUCGUCUCCAGUAGCCGCGCCCUCGCCCGGGCGCCCAGGGGCACGCCUGGCUCACAGGCUCCGCCCCUCAGGCCGACGGGCGGGGCACCGCGGCAGCGCGAGCGGCGGCACCCGCGGG